AUGUCCAACUGUCUCUUUAAAAAGCACCUUUGGGAGCUGAAUGCAACCACCAAUGAUUGCCGCCUCACAUCAGGAAACAGCACCCUCUUGAGCUCCUCAACCUCCAGUGUGACUGGCAUUGUGUUCCUCCUCCUGGCUGCCCUGAUUGGGCUACCUGGGAACUUCUUUGUCAUUUGGAGCAUCCUUUGGAAAAUGAAGCCAAGUCAUCGCUCAGUCACCUGCCUUCUGGUCCUAAACUUGGCAGUGGCAGAUGGGGUGGUUCUUCUCCUGACACCCUUCUUCGUCCUCUUCCUUAUCUUCAAGAACUGGCUGUUUGGCGUGGCCAUUUGCAAAGGGGUGUACUACCUGUGUUGCAUCAACAUGUUUGCUAGCAUCUUCAUCAUCACCCUCAUGAGUGCAGAUCGCUGCUUGGCAGUCAACCAGCCAUAUUAUUCCCAAGCCAUCCGGAAGAAGAAUCUGGUAGUCAAGAUCUUGGUAGGGAUUUGGACGGGGGCCAUUUUAUUGUCUCUGCCAGCUUUCUUCUUCCGUCAAGUCUUGCAGGAGCCCUCACAAAAACAUUUCAUUUGUGAGCCUUGUCACUCCAGGAAGAGCCUGACCAUCUUCCACUUCACCAUGGAGACAGUGGUAGCCUUUGUGAUUCCAUUCACCAUUAUUGUUGGCUGCUAUUCUGCCAUUCUUGUCCGCCUCAGAGGGGUACGGAAGAGAAAAGGGGCUCGGACUGAGAAACUGAUCGUGGCCAUUGUGAUCUGUUUUGCUGUCCUAUGGAUGCCUUACCACAUCAUCAACAUGAUCCAGGUGGCUUCCAAUCUAACCUCAGGGAAAAUGGCGGACAGACUGGGACAGGCCUGGAAGAGUGGGCGAGCAGGAGCCACAGCCUUAGCCUUCUUGAGUAGCAGUAUUAACCCUGUGCUCUACGUCUUUGCCGCUGGGAAUCUCAUUAAGACUUCAGGUGCCAAUUUCAUUGCUCAGUUCUUCGAGGGAGCAUCUGAGGGGCUCGGACGGAGGUCUCAGUCUCAGAAAAACUUGGACAAAGACUUAAUACCAGCAAUUGGAGCAUCUGUGAACCUGGACCAACAGUUAUUGGGAAACUGUGAUAAGGUCGACAAGGACAUAGAUUGUAGGCUGACCGAUGGCACAACACGUAACAUUUCCUAAACUGAGUCACUACACAAGAAAUUCCAACACUGCCUUAGGUAGGAACUAGUCAACACUGACUGGGUAGUUCUUCAAUAUUUCAUGCAGAGGUCCUAAAGUCUUAAGUAAAGAGUUGAAGCUAGGGUUAUUUGCCUGCAAAAUAUGAAUCCCAGUUCUGCUCCUUGCCUGCUCUUCAUG